AUGCAAUCAUUUCAAUUAACUCAUCAAAGAAGAAGAAAAGCUGUUUCAUUAAAUAUUCCAUCACAUCCAUUUUCAUUACUUAGUCGUGAAGGGGCAAUUAUUCCUUCAUUAACAGAAAUUAUUUUAGAUGCAUUUAGUCGUUUUGAUGAAAACUUUUCAUCAUUAUCACAGUCACAAGAACCAUUACCUUUACCACCAUUACUUGCUACAAAAUUACUUCAAGUAGUUUCAAAUAAUCCAAAUGCAACAGAUAUAGAUUUAAAUAUUAUUAUGUAUAGAUUACUUGCAUCAGGUGUAAAUACAAUAACAUUAGAUAUUCAUAACACACAUUUAUUAACACGAAGUACUUGUCUUAAUGUAUUUCAAUUAUCAUUAUCAUUACAUAUUACUACAUUAGAUAUUUCCUUUGCCAGAGGUUGUUCAUCAGAUGAAUUAGGAAUUAUGUGUAAAAAUUUUCCAUAUUUAAAACAUUUAAAUGCAUCAGGAUGUCUUCCAUUUGAUGAUUUUUGUUUAUUAGCAAUAUUACAAUCAACACCACCAUUAGAAACACUUAAUGUUUCUAAUUGUCCAAGAAUUACAGAUUAUGGAAUACAAAAUAUUUCAAAUGUAAAUACAUUACGUAUUUUUAAAGCAAAUAAUACACUCUUAACAAGUAAAGGAUUACAAUAUCUUCAUGACUUAAUUGAAUUAGAAUUAUUAAAUUGUAAAAAUCUGACUGAUGAUUGUCUCUCUAUUCUUUCAAAAAGAAAUUCACAUUUAUCUUCUGUAUCUAUAUCUUCACAAAGAUUAACUGAUAAAUCAAUUCAAUCAUUCUUACAAAAAAUUCCUGAAUUAAAUUAUUUAAAUUUAACAAAUUGUGUUAAUGCUGGAAUACUUACUUUAUCUCAAUUAUUUCAUUCUAAAUUCAAAUUAACUAAUUUGAAUUUAUCUAAUUGUUUUGGUGUUUCUGGUGAACAUCUUAUGAGGUCUUAUAAUCAAUUAUAUGCCUCUUCUUUAUUUUCUUGGUUAGCUGAUCUUAUUUAUUUAAACAUUUCUGGUUGUACUCGUAUUUCUACUUAUUUCUUAACAAACAUUUUACAAAACACUCCAAAUUUAAGAACAUUAAUAUUAGAUGGAUUAACUGUUGAUGAACCUUCUAUUCAGUCUUUCCUUCAAUCAAGUUGUGUUGCAGCAAAUGUUACUAGAAGGUCUGUUGUUAGAAAAGGUGGAAAAUUUUCACCUCUUACUUUAUCUUUUAAACAAUGUAAAAUGAAUGAACAAACAUUAAUUAAUUUCUUUAGUGUUAGAGGAUGUGAUUUAAUUAGCAUAAAUCUUAAUUCAUGUUUUGCUUUAACUGCUAUUGCUUUAACUGUAUUAGGUGAUACUGCACAUUCUUUAACUCAUUUUUAUUGUACAAAUAAUACUACUCUAACUGAAACUGCUUUAAUUCAAUUUAUUUAUCGAUCCCCUCGUCUUAGAGUAUUAUUUUUAAGUGGUACAACAGCAGUAACUAAUAGAGUAAUAUUAGCUGUAAGAGAUUCAUGUUUAAAUUUAUCUCAUUUUGAUAUUAGUGGUUGUGAAAAUAUUACUCCUGAAUCUGGUGUUAUUCUCUCUGGAAUCCGUUCAUUACAAUAUCUUGAUAUCUCUUUUACUCCUUUUACUCCAAAUCAAAUUCAAUUCAUUAUUAAUGCUUUACCUAGAAUUACUAGUUUUUCUAUGCAAGGCAUUACUUAUAGUGCUCCUCAAUUAUUUUCUCAAGAAGCCCAAUGGAUGAAUGUAAUGAGACUUAAUUUCUCUCAAUGUAGUGAUGCUUUAUUAUCAAAUAUUUCUGAUUUUUGUCCUUUAUUAACUACUGUAGAAUUACGUAUGUGUGUUAAUGUGACUGAUUCUGGUAUUCAAAUGUUACUUAAUAAAUGUACAAAAUUAUUAAAUAUUGUUCUUACUGGUACUUCAGUCUCUCAACAAGUUAUUCGUUUUCUUUCUUCUAAAGGUGUUUCUAUUUUAUAA